AUGGACCAGGACAGGGUGAACAUUAUGCACCAGUACAGGGUGAAUAGUAUGGACCAGGACAGGGUGAACAGUAUGAACCAGGACAGGGUGAACAGUAUACGCCAGGACAGAGUGAACAGUAUGGAUCAGGACAUGGUGUACAGUAUGUACCAGGACAGUAUGAACAGUAUGGACCAGGGCAGGGUGAAUAGUAUGGACCAGGACAGGGCGAACAGUAUGACUAAUGACAGGGUGAACAGUAUGGACCAGGACAGGGGCAACAGUAUGGACCAGGAGAGGGUGAACAGUAUGGACCAGGACAGGGUGAACAGUAUACAGUCUGACAGUAUGAACAGUAUGUACCAGACCAGUGUGAACAGUAUACACCAGGACAGGGUGAACAGUAUGACCAGGACAAGGGUGAACAGUAUGGACCAGGACAUGGUGAACAGUAUGGACGAGGACAGGGUGAACAGUUUACAUAAGGACAGGGUGAACAGUAUGGACCAGGAAAGGGUGAACAGUAUGGACCAGGACAGGGUGAACAGUAUGGACCAGGACAUUGUGAACAGUAUGGACCAGGAGAGGGUGGACAGUAUACACCAGGACAGGGUGAACAGUAUGGACCAGGACAGAGUGAACACUAUAGACCAGGAAAUUGUAGAGAGUAUGGUCCAGGACAGGGUGAACAGUAUGGACCAGGACAGCGUCAACAGUGUGGAACAGGACAGGGUAAACAGUAUGGACCUUGACAGGGUGAUCAGUAUGGAGCACGACAGGGUGAACAGUAUGGACCAGGACGGGGUGAACAGUAUAGAGCAGGACAGGGUGAACAGUGUGGACCAGGACAGAGUGAACAGUAUGGACCAGGACAGGGUGAACAGUAUAAACAAGGACAGGGUGAACAGUAUUGACCAGGACAGGGUGAACAGUAUGGACCAAGACAGGGGUGAACAAUAUGGACCAGGACACGGUGAACAAUAUGGACCAGGACAGGGUGAACAGUAUGGAAUAGGACAGGGUGAACAGUAUGGACCAGGACAGGGUGGACAGUAUGUAAAAGGACAGGGUGAACAGUAUGGUCCAGGACAGUAUGAACAGUAUACACCAGGACAGGGUGAACAGUAUGGACCAGGACAGGGUGAACAGUAUAGACCAGGAAAUUGUGAAGAGUAUGUUCCAGGACAGGGUGAACACUAUGGACCAGGACAGCGUCAACAGUAUGGAACAGGACAGGGUGAACAGUAUGGACCAGGACAGGGUGAACAAUAUGGACCAGGACAGGGUGAACAUAUGGACCAGGACAGCGUGAACAGUAUGGACCAGGACAGGGUGGACAGUUUGUAA